AAUAUUUAUUGUUUAUGGAAGGAUGUAAGGACACACGUCGUUUAACGUGCAUCAAGCUCGAUUCGAUGGUUCCGUGUUUUGAGAUGGGAGAUCACGCUGCGUGUCAAGUUGGAGCUAGUCGUAGUUUGAAUCGGGAAUCUGCUCCAAAAUCAGAUUUCUAGGAGGAAUAAAAAUGGCGAAUGAUGUAAUAAUGAGAGGCAAAGACAGAUUACAAGAGAUCAGUAUGAACGUGGAACAGAGUCACUUGGUGUAUCUGCAAACGGACGAUAGUCCUUUAAAGCUACAACAACGACAUAAAUUGGAAGGCUUUAUAAAGGAAUACCUUUGUCUGGUACCCAACGAGACGAAAUACGUAUUUCAAGAAACAGCAGACAUUUUGCACAGAUCAGCGGCAACGGUGACAGAUUUCAGCGGGUAUAGAGCAGCGACAGCUUGGAGUGCAAUUUCCUUGUACGCAGCUAAUCUAUUGGCUCAGCCUUGGCGAAAAGAAUAUAGGAUAGUGAGGACAUACAGCGGUUAUUACAAACACGAAGUAGAGGCAAAUUUAAUCGGUGCCGAGUUAAUGUUUGAGCAGAUGGGCUACAAGCAUACUGGUUUGGGUGUCGUGACUUUGGAAGGGCCAAUCGAUCCUGAUAAGGUUUCAAAUGUCAGUAGAGAUGCUAUUGUAGCUUUUGUGGAAUGCCAGAUCUUAAAGCAGAUAUGGGAAAGCGUGUCACAGAAAUACACCAUCUCUUGGCUGGAGGUGUUGGAAUUUCGUGAAAAUCACGUUGGUACGCCAGAGCAGGCCAUUCGAGCGCUAAAUUAUCGUUUCCUCGAGAAGAUGCAUCAGAAUCGCGCAAAAGCCGAUAGCUAUAAGGACUACUAUUCACAGCAAACGGGCAUAGACGUUGUGCCGUUGCAUCCACCUUAUCACCACGUUGUGCAUGCUACGUACAACGCAACAAUGCCGUCAACCUGUCAGACAGAUUACCGGCACAUCGAAGAUAUGACCAACAUGGCGAUACCGGCUGCUAAUUAUCGGUACUAUCAACCGAUCAAUCACGGUUUCAUCACGUGUUGCACCAGUUAUGGUUGUUUGCCCUCUCAUGGGAACAAGUUUUACGGUAAUAAUGUACAACCGAAUCCGUAUUGCGCCACAUUACCAGCGUAUGCGGCCCGAGUGCCGACCGGGAGACUGAUAGAACUCGACGUACCGGCGUCCGUGGCGACGUACGAUAAGACGCACGCUCUUCGCAAACCCGUGUCCCACCGGAUCGCGGACUUGGACGAGGUAGACUUUUACAGACGACAGUCGAGCGACGGAGAUCCGUACGAACAUGGUAAAACCGAUAGAAAAACUGCUAGCAGAUCGGCGUCCAGCAUCGGAAGGGAUGGUUAUGAUACAUGGGACUUUGUGUACAGAAAUCUCGAGAGCUUAGGUUACUACAAGGAUCUUGAUGAUCGAGACGACGUCGUGCAACAUAAGAAGGAACUGGAUUCUAUUCGCGCCAAACACAAAACUAUUAGGCAAGCGGAGAACGAAGAUAAGUAUAACGCGCAUAGAUUGGAGAAGAAGAGAAGCGGUGGCAAGAUCGAAACGAACGAAAUUGAUUCGUCCGAAACAAAUGGUAUGAGUCAUCAGGAUAUUCUGCCUUUCAAAAAGAAAUCCUCGUCCUUCGACCUGUCGGAUUCGAAUAGAUAUAAUACCGAUGCAUAUACGAGAGAAAAAGAUAAAAAGCACAACAGUCAGACUUUGCCGAUUCCACGCACGCACAAGUCCUCGGAUCAGAUAGCAAAGAUUGCGGAUUCCUUAAAAAAUCUCGAUAUCGCGCAAAUGAAUAAGCAGAAGAAGGAAGAGGAGAAGGGUGAAAAAAGAUGGAAUUGUGCCACGUGUACAUAUUUGAAUAUGCCCGGCCGAGACAUCUGCGAGAUGUGCGCCAAAUCGAGGUGCAAAGGGAACGAGGACAAGCCGCUCGCCAGCGGCGGCAAAGAAUGUCCAAAAUGUACGCUGGUAAACGAGAAAAACGUUUCUAACUGUGCGGCUUGUCAUACCAGCCUGAAGGAUUCUCCGACCUACAUAUAGACAGACUGAAACGACUGAAACUUUUCGCGAAAGAAAAGGUUCUCGCACAUUUGCCACACGUUGCGGUUCGCGCAAAGGUAUCAUAUAUUGCGUGUAAGAUAUAAACGUAUUAACCGAAUGAACACGACGUACAACGCGGAGUCUUUUUUCAACGACCUAAAAUGAAACGUGACGACAGAAAAGAGAUAAUAUGUUUAAACACAUAUGAGUCUUUUGAUCUAUAUAUAGAGAAGGUACAAAGAUAUUUAUUUAAAAAAAAUCUCACGCAGAAUAAGGAAAAUCUUGUAAUAUAAUGACUUUUUUUUUUUUUAACAUUGUAUUAGUAUUAUUAUGUUAUGGCCUAUGGAGAAUGAGUAACGAGUAUCGGAAUCAUGUGUAUCAUAUAACUAGCGUUAUCGUAACAUUCGAUAGUUUGUCAAACCAUUAAAGAAUGAAAUUUAAUCAAAUAUCAGGCCAAAGCUUAUAAAAUUAAUAUUAUCAAGAUUAAUUAAAAAAUGCGCAAGACGCUAGGAUGUUACUUAUUCAAAAAGUAUUUAAUAUUAUACGCUUGUCGUUAUAUACAUACAUGUAUAAUUGUAUACGUGUGCAAUUUAUUUUCUAACUUAAAUUAUUGCUCGGAACUUGAGAAAAACUGUAUUCUUUGCAAAACAGAUUGAUUAAAUUUAGCUUCUAAAAAGAGAAUAUUGCAAUAAAUUAAAUAAUUAAGUAUUGUUGUCACAAUGGAUAAAUUUUAUAUAGUGCCACUACACACGUGACGAAAUUAUUUUAAAAAUUAUGACUAAUAGAAAAAGACAGAACUUCGGUUUGCAAAUGGUAGUCUAUGCAAUGUUACAAACGGAAGGAUUGUUUUUUAACGAGUUCUGCAAGAGGAAAUUAGGCAUUUGAUGUAAAAAUACAAGAAUGUUAAACCUUUAUCAGAAUGUAUUAUACAUAUAUAAAAUUA